AACUAGUUGCUUAUAAAAACCAAACAGCCGUGGUUAAUAUGGUGUUCGAUGGACGAAAUACAACCCUUGAAAGCUGGUUCUCUCUUGGAAAGUUGAGAAGUUCUCCUUGGUGUGACUUACCUCAAAGCACUAUAAGAUUUUUCACAAUCAGAUUGCACACAGGACGUCGUUUCUAUGUGUCAUCUAGCGAUAUAAGUUGUGAAAGAGUCACGGGUUGGUUCGCUGUUGUUCAAACGAGUCCCUGUGUAUGGGAGCGGUUACUUCAGUUGCCUGCAUUAAUCUACUCAGGUGAAGAUUCGAAAAUCAAUUGGAAUAACGGUUUCGAAACAGCUGAUUCCAUGGCCAUCUUCAUCCGCCUAAAACCGUAACUAACCAAUCAAAAGAUCUGUUUUAUACAGCGUGACCAUACGGCUUCAUUCAACGAAACUCACAAAUAGUCGUAUAGUAGAACCCGGGACUAUAAAUAUUCGAAGACAUUUGUUAAAGUGCUGCACAGUAGGACUGAACUCCAAAGCACAUGAUUGCAAAGCAGGCUUCUUAGCCACACAACUACGUCUGAAUCGGUGUGCACGUGUGUGUGUAUGUGCAUGUGUAUGUAUGCAUAUUAUGUGUAUGUGUAUGCGCGUACAUACAGAAUGUCCCAGAAUUAACUAUUUCAGUGAAAUCGGACAUCUUUUUAGAAACUCACUUUUAUUUAUUUUUAUCUCGUUUAAUAUCUGUCAAAAAAACGUAUAAAUUUUUAAUUUUGUCUUUAAAUUUAUAAUUUUUAUAACGUAUUUUUAUAAUUUUACUUUCAUUUCUGUUGGAUCCCACUUAUCUAUCAACGACAGCUUUUCUUUCAAUUUUGCUGCAAUCAUUUUCUCUAGCUCCACUCCCAAGAUGGAGCAAAGUUAAAGAAUUGUUAAAGAAUGCAUUCAGUUAGCAGAGCAGGAGAUAAUUCCUAAAAUGCUUCAGAAUGUGGUUCGCAAUGCUAAGGAUAGAUUUGAAAUUUGCAAGGAUACAGACGGAGCACAUGUUGUAAAUUUGCAAUAUAGUUUUGACGUAAGGUUUAUAAAUUCUGUUUGAUUUCGUAUGAUAAUUAACUAAUAAAAUAAAAUUUUGUCUGUUUUAUUUAAAUUUGUCCAAUUUCAGUGAAAUAGAAAGUUUAUUCUGGGGCACCGAGUAUGUGGUACUCCUGCUUAUGUGUGUGUUUAUAUAUUCAUAUAUUCUUUAACCUACUGUUUACAUAAUUUAUUUUUAUUCAUUUAUUAAAUAAUCAUUGAACUGCUCGACAGGCAAACAACUUGAAAAGAAUUUUCAUUAUCCACGUGACCAUGUAAGUUCAAAAAUUUUUUUUUAAUAUCCGGUGAUACAUUAAUUUCACUAGGCCUCUAUGUAAAGGUAAAAAUCUCCACCCACGCACACAAUUUGAAAACCACUUGACAAUGCACGAAACUUUCCUCUCUUGAGACACGUUGUAAC